AUGUUAUGUCCUGAAGGAGCUCAGGUGCAAAUUGACAACGGAGUAAAAGAUGAAAACAAUGUUGGUAAGAAAAAUAAAGCAACAAUAGAAGGCACUGGCAGCACGGAACUGAAUUCGUAUAAAAAUCCUAAAACCUGGAAAAAAUCUAUCACGAAUUUUUUUCGUAAUCAGCUUCGAUCAACUAAAUCUAAUGAUGGAGAGCGACCAUCCGGUAGCAAAGAUAAUUUUGAAGAAAAAGAAAUAACACCAGAACAAAAAUGGCAAUCGUUAGGAAAAGUAUUUCGACGCCAAAGUUUUGCCGAACAUUGGCAAAAAUCAUCUAAUCAACAAGGCGAGACUUCAUCUCAAAAUAAACGUCAUGGUGUUCGAAAAUGGUGCCUUUUUGAGAUGAGUACUGAAGAUGUACGGAGAUUAGAGCUAGUUCAAGAAGUUAUAAUCUUAAUC